AUGUAUUUGAAAGCUAAUUUGGUCUGCACCAAGAGGUCUUUUGUGAACCCUUCAAAUUGCCCCCAAAUUCUUCUGGAAGUGCAAUGGUCCCCACUUUGUGACAUUCCUUUUCCUCCCACUUCCUCUCUUUGCUUCUAUGGCACCAGACUAGAAGAACUGAGUAUUGUGGCGGGGACCAACGACUUAAUCAGUUCCUAUAAAGACAUCAAGAAGGUCACCAAAAUAAUUCUUCACAAAGAUUUUCAAAAGGACAAGAUGGACAAUGAUAUCGCAUUGCUGAUGGUGAACUCACCCAUCAGCUUCGAUGCCCAGGAGACGCCCAUUUGCUUACCCAAGCACCCCAUCCCCUCCACCUGGCAUGAAUGCUGGGUGGCGGGAUGGGGACAGACUGUUGCUGAUAACAAGAACUCUUUGACAACGGACAUGAUGAAAGCCCCAAUGACCAUCAUUGAUUGGGAAAGAUGUUCACAGAUAUUUCCAAAGCUUACCAAAAACAUGCUGUGUGCUGGAUACAAGAAUGAAAGCUAUGAUGCCUGCCAGGGUGACAGUGGGGGGCCUCUCGUCUGCACCCCAGGCCCUGGCAAGGAGUGGUACCAGGUAGGCAUCAUCAGCUGGGGAAGGAGCUGUGGACUGAAGGGCAUUCCAGGAAUGUACACUUUGUUAGCGAAAUACGACCUCUGGAUCCAGAAUGUGACUGAGCUAGAAGGAAGGCCUUUUAAUUCGGAGGAAAUGAGAGCCCCCAACAAACAGCAACAAGUUCGCUCCCUGGCUGCAGAGUUUCCAAAGGCAAUCAACUCAAGACUCUGGAUCCUGCUUUGCCUUUUGCCUUUCAUGCUAUAGUGGCCCAUUUCCAACGGUUAAUAAAACAGAAGUGUACUCUGCAGCCAAAGGAGGGUGUGUGAGACUGUGCCACCAGCCGGAGAGACUGGUUGAGACAAAGGCUAAAUGCUAGGGUCUCAGGUAGAUAACAGAGAGUGGGAUGGGACCAGAAAGACAGGUUGGAGUCCUGGUUUGGGAGCUGAGUUUUGGGCCUCUCUAUUAGUCUGAGCUCUUUCCAUUGCGAGUGACAGUAUCCAACUCAAACUGGCCAAAUACAGAAAGAAAGGGGGGUGGGGGUUUAUAAUGGAUGUAACAGAGGGGUAAAAGGCUGGUAUGAUGACCUCAGGUAUGGUUGAACCUCUGGGGCUCAGAUUAUAUCAAAAGGGACCAUUUCUUGUUUGUGAGCAUCACCUUCAAGGAGGAUUUCCAGGUGGUGGCCAUAAUGAGCACUGGUACCUCUAGUUCACAUCCUAUCACAUUAGCAGUCCAGAGGACAAAAGGAGAUCUCUGUUCCUGAUAACUUUGGCAAAUGUCUAUUACCUAUGUGUGGCAGUUACAUUAUCUACUAUCAACUUAAGGAAGGGGUAGAGUCUAGCCU